AUGCUGCACGCAUUCCUCGCCGCAUGCGCCUUUCGCUCUCCCGGCGUUCGUCCUCCCGCCACUCUGACCUCACGCAGCGGCGCUGGCCCUCCAACCGUGCGCAUGUUCGCCGCCGACGCGAGCGCGGCCGAGGUCAGCAGCGACGCACCGGCACAGCUCCGACCUCAGCACGAGCUCGCCAAGGCGUGGUGGCCCGUGAUCCUCACGCAUGGGCUCGACCGCUCGCGUCCUCACCCGGUGCAGCUGCUCGGCCAGAGCCUCGUCGUGUGGCACGACGGCGCGGCGUGGCGCUGCUUCGCCGACGCGUGCGCCCACCGGUUCGCUCCUCUGUCUGAGGGCCGCGUCGAGGGCGGCUGCCUGCAGUGCAGCUACCACGGCUGGUCGUUUGACGGCGGCGGCGGCUGCGCACGCGUCCCGCAGGCGCAGCAGCCCCACGCCGCCGGCGAGCGAGCCCGUGUCGGCGCCUUUCAGACGCGCGAGGAGGCGGGCAUGCUUUGGGUGUGGGGCGACGCCGCCUCCACCGCGGCCGAGGCGGAGGCGGCGCUGCCGCUCCCCCUCUCGCCGCUCCUGCGCCAGCUUUGCGAGCGAUCCCCCGCCGCCGGCUUCCAGCGCGACCUGCCCUACGGCUACGAGCUGCUCGGCGAGAACCUGCUCGACGUCUCCCACCUGCCCUUCUCCCACCACGGCGUCGGAGGGCUCGCGCGGGAGGCGGGCGGAUCGCUCGAGCUCCGCCCGCUCCCGCCCUCGCCGCCCGCGCCCGGGGCGGCCCGCUUCUCGGCGGCGGUCCUGCAGCCCGCGCGGGACGACCCGAUGGUCGACUCCGCCGCCGCGUCGGUUAACAUCUCCUUCUUCGCGCCGCAACACGUCCGGUACGAGCGGCGGCCGAGGCCGGGCGCCGCGGCCAACGUGGAGCUCUUCCUCUGCCCCACAGCCCAAGGCCGCUCGCGCGUCUUCCUCUUCAACGCCUUUGCCGCCGGCGCGCGCCCCGCCGUGCCCGCGUCGCGGAUGGCGCGGCUGCUGCUCUCCAAGGCUGUUGGCGCGGUUCGGCGCCUCCUGGUCGGCGGGCCGCCGCCGCGCAGCUUCGGCGCGCCAGGCACCGUCGCGGACCACAUGCUGUCGCACCUCAUCUUCGACGGCGACGGCAUCUUCCUGCACUACCAGGGCCAGCGGAUGGCCGAGCGCGGCCUGAGCUUCCGCGACUACUUUACGCCCACCUCGGCAGGCGCGCUCACACUUCCUAGACACUUCACCUCGCCCACCUCGGCAGACGCGCUCGUGCUGCGCUUCCGCACCUGGCUCUCCUCGGCACGGCGCGGGAGCGACCCGGCGGUCGCGGCGGCCGCGGGCAGCGAGGCGGGCGAGACGGGCGAGGCGGGCGAGCGCGGCGGGUACGGCCGCAGCCUCGAGCGGGCCCAGCUGCUCGACCGGUACGACAGCCACACGCGCCACUGCGCCGUCUGCUCCGCGGAGCUCGAUCGCGUGCGUGCAGCCGCCAAGCUCUGCAAGCGGCUCGGCGAGGCGUGCAUCGCGCUCGCGGGCGGCGUGCUCGCCGCGGCUCUCGGCGGCGCCGCGUCGCCGCGCGUCGCGGGCAGUGCGCUCGCGGGCGGUGCGCUCGCGCUAUGGCGCCUCGAGAGGGCGCAGGCGCAGCUGCAUCGGGAAGCAGCGGCUUUCAUAUUCGUCGAUUAUGUGCACGCCGACCGGGACUGA